UCCUACCUUUUCGACGUCCGAAGACGUGAAGUGUGAAGUCGAGAGAAUGAGGCAGAUGUGAAUGAAGCAGAACGAAAACAAUAACAGAGUAUGACAAUUCACAAUUUGUACAUAUUUUCCAAAAAUGGAACAUUAUUAUAUUAUGCUGAGUGGAAUAGGUUAAAUAAAUCUGGAAUAACAAAAGAGGAGGAAGCGAAGUUAAUGUACGGAAUGUUGUUUUCCAUUAAAUCAUUCGUAAGUAAAAUAUCACCGUUGGAUCCAAAAGAAGGAUUUUUAUAUUAUAAAACUAGCAAAUACACAUUGCAUUAUUUUGAAACUCCUUCAGGAUUAAAAUUUGUGUUAAACACUGAUAAUGCUACACAUAAUGCUAGAGAAUUGUUGCAACAAUUAUAUAAAGAAGUUUACUUGGAGUAUGUAGUAAAAAAUCCGCUCUGCCAAUUAAAUGAACCAAUUCAAAGUGAAUUGUUUAAAUUAAAAGUUGAUGAAUUAUUUAAAAAAUCUCCCUUAUUUUUAAGCAGAUCAAUAUAACUUAAUACUAUGUUGAAAAAAUGUGUAAUAUAUUUAAAUACAUGCACGAUUUAUAAAGCUAUUUACGUUAUAACUUUCUAAGUUUAAUUCCAUGAUGCAUC